AUUUAUAUUUUAUAUAAAGGCUUCCCAUACAUGUCCCAUAUUUCACUCAGACAAGAAGAUAUCUAAAGCAAUCAAUUCCAUAAAAUCUUUGUUCUAGUUUUGAACUUCAUCAAUGGCGAAUCAAGUAGCUCUUGCAGCAUUCUUGCUUUUCGUUUUGGCCAUCUUCUCCAACUUCGAGCUCUCUGCUUCUUCGCUUGUCCGCGGCAAGGUCUCUUGCCUUGACUGCCACCAUGAUUUCGACUUCUCAGGCGUUAAGGUUCUCCUUAAGUGCGACGGAGAGAAGAAAUCGAUAACCACGAUGGCUGGUUCAGACGGAUCUUUCCGGUCAAUGCUUCGGACCGCUGACAAAAACCGCUCCAUGAAGUGUCUUGCGAAGCUUUUAGGAGGUCCUGAGCAGCUCUAUGCUCACAAACACAACUUGGUAUCUGAAUUGGUUAAGUCCAAACACGAUUCCAAUGUUUUAACUACCUCAAACCCACUUUCUUUCUCUCUCUCAUGCCCCAAACCAACCGGAGAUUAUGUCGGAAAUAUGAUCGGAGAUUCGAAGACUAUUAAUUUUCCGGGGACAGGAGGUUUUGGAUUCCCACCUGUUAGCUUCUUUCCCUUUAUUCCAAUCAUUGGCAUCCCAUGAUUAUAAUUAAGUGUGCUUGUUAAGACUUGAAAUAUAUUUUUAUUCAUGUGAUAUGUUAUGUUUAUGUAAUUUUAAGACAUUAAAGUGAGCCAAGGAAAAAAAAAAUUACCAUAUUAAAGUUUUUUGUUUAGUGAGAUAUAAAGGUUUGUUGAUGUGACAAGAAAACGUUGUUUAUUGGUUUCGUGUAGUUUUAAUCUUGUAUCAAGUUUGUGGUAAUAAGAUUGGGUUAAUCCAACAAAAAUGAGUCUGAUACUGAAAA